CCCUGCCCACGCCCUCCCUCCCGCCCCGCACCCCACGUGAAGCGGAGUAUAAAGGGGGUGUGAGGCCAGAGGGGAAAGUGGAUGGCGAAGGACUGAAGGGGUCCCCCCCUUCGGGUCCCCGGCCUUCCCGUUCACCCUCGUCCAUCCUCCCUUCCCGAAGCUCGCCCUCGAAGGCAGGAACCGCCGGCGCCUGCGGCGGAGGAGGAGGAGGAGGUGGGGGAAUCGCGCCGGGCGGAGCGUCAGCUCCCGUUUUCCUCCUCGGCGUCUUGAAUACAAAGAUUACGGUGCAGAAGGAAAUUGCACUCGCCUUCUCCGCCCCCCGCCCCGGUACCCAACACAAUGCACCAGCCGCCCGAGUCCACGGCGGCCGCGGCCGCUGCAGACAUGAGUGCUAGGAAGAUGGCGCACCCGGCAAUGUUCCCUAGAAGGGGCAGCGGCGGGGGCAGCGCCUCCGCUCUCGGUGCAGCAGGUACCGGCGUCGGUAGUAGUGCCCCAUCUGCUGAGGAUUUUCCGCCUCCGUCGCUGCUCCAGCCGCCGCCUCCUGCAGCAUCUUCUCUGUCGGGACCACAGCCUCCGCCUCCACAAAGCCUGAACCUCCUUUCGCAGGCUCAGCUGCAGGCACAGCCUCUUGCGCCAGGCGGAACGCAGAUGAAAAAGAAAAGUGGCUUCCAGAUUACGAGCGUGACCCCGGCUCAGAUCUCCGCUAGCAUCAGCUCGAACAACAGCAUCGCAGAGGACACGGAGAGCUACGACGACCUGGAUGAGUCUCACACGGAAGAUCUGUCGUCCUCCGAGAUCCUUGAUGUGUCGCUUUCCAGGGCCACGGACUUAGGGGAGCCUGAACGCAGCUCCUCGGAAGAGACUCUAAAUAACUUCCAGGAAGCCGAGACACCUGGGGCGGUCUCUCCCAACCAGCCCCACCUAUCUCAGCCUCAUUUGCCUCACCUUCCACAACAGAACGUUGUGAUCAAUGGGAAUGCUCAUCCACACCCCCUCCAUCACCACCAUCCCAUUCAUGGCCACCACCUGCACCACGGGCCCCACCACCCAUCCCAUGCCGGUGUGGUCAGUACAUCCAUACCUGGAGGGCCACCCUCAAGCCCAGGGUCCAGAAAACUCUCGGCCGCGGGAAGCUCUGACGGUGUUAUGCCAGUUGCACCAACUUCUGCUGUAUCAUCGAGUGGCUCGCCGGCAUCUGUCAUGACUAGUAUACGUGCUCCGAGUACUACCGGCAGCCUAGGUAUAAAUUCUGUGACAGGCACGAAUACAAUGAAUAACGUUAACAUCACUGCUGUGGGUAGUUUUAAUCCUGCUGUGACCAGCAGCAUGCUUGGUAACGCUAAUAUAAGUGUGAGCAGUAUCCCCAGUGCUGCUAGUGUGAGUGUCGGGCCUGCAGUGAGCAGCGGGGUUAAUGUGAAUAUAUUGAGUGGCAUGGGCAAUGGUACGAUUGCUUCCUCCGCGGCCCUUAACAGCGCUGCCAGUGCAGCUGCGGGCAUGACUGUGGGGUCCGUUUCGAGUCAGCAGCAACAGCCAGCCGUUAACACGUCCAGGUUCAGAGUCGUGAAGUUAGAUUCUACUUCUGAGCCUUUCAAAAAAGGUCGAUGGACUUGCACUGAGUUCUAUGAAAAAGAAAACGCCGCCAUACCCGCCACCGAAGGGGUGGUGGUAAAUAAGGUGGUGGAAAGUGUAAGACAAAACCCGACCGAAGCGACUUCCGAGAGGGAGAGCACGAGUGGGAGCUCCGUGAGCAGCAGCGUCAGCACACUGAGUCACUACACGGAGAGUGUGGGCAGCGGAGAGAUGGGCACCCUGGCGGCCCCGCCGGUGCAGCCACAGCAUCCCCCGACCCUUCCAGGGGUGGCCCUUCCGCAGAUGGACUUCAGUGGCGCCGCUCCACAGGGCAUUUCAGCAGUUAGCAUCCCUCAGAGUAUUUCUCAGUCGCAGAUCUCGCAGGUACAGUUACCGUCUCAAGAACUGGGCUAUCAGCCGAAGCCAGGUCUUCAACCAGUACCUCUGCAAGCCGGUAUCCAGCCGUCACCUGUUGGCGUGGUGGGCGUCACUUCGGCUUUAGGUCAGCAGCCUUCCAUCGCCAGCCUGGCUCAACCCCAACUGCCGUAUUCCCAGGCGGCCCCCCCAGUGCAAGCUCCCCUGCCAGGCGCGCCACCCCAACAGGUACAAUAUGGCCAGCCGGCGCCAGCUGUGGCCCCUCCGAUGGCCCCAAGCCACGGUACAUCAGUGACUCCGAACCCAGCCUCCGAGUAUGUUCAGCCCUCACCGCUUCUCCAAACAGCGGUGUCCUCUGGACAGCCCACUUCUGCAGGGGUGGCCCUGGGAGCCACGGUGAUUCCUAUGGCUCAGCCACAGAGCAUCCAGCUCCCAGUGCAGCCCGCGGCAGUCCAAGCACAACCUGCAGGGGCAGCUGGCCAACCUGUUGGCAAGGCUCACACGGCGGUAGCUGCUGUACCUCCCGGCAGUCAAAUUGCAAAUAUUGGUCAACAGACAAGCCUACCAUCGGCACUGCAGCAGCCUUCUACCCAAGUCACACCUUCAGUUAUCCAGCAAGGUGCUCCUCCGGCUUCACAGAUAGUGCCACCUGCUCCAGCUGCGAUCCUUCAUCAGGGAGUUCAGCCCAGCGCUUCAAGCCUUCCUCAACAACUGGUCAUUGCACCCCAGAGUACCCUGUUACCUGCGCCUCCCCAGCCACAGGGGGUCGAGUCGGUAGCUCCAGGAGUGGUUUCGAAGCAGUUGCCUGCAGUUAGUCCUUUGCCCUCUGCUAGUAGUAUUUCUGUUACGAAUCAGGUUAGUUCAGCUGGUCCUUCUGGACUGCCUUCUGCCCCGACAAACUUGGUUCCGUCACAGAAUAUAGCACAAGCCCCCGCCACUCAGAAUGGUAAUUUGGUUCAAAGUGUCAGUCAGCCUCCCUUGCUAGCAUCUAAUAUAAAUUUGCCCUUGGCACAACAGCUACCACUCAGUUCUGUUCAAUUCUCCGCACAAUCGUUAGCUCAGGCAAUUGGAAGCCAAAUCGAAGAUGCCAGGCGCCCAGCGGAACCCUCCUUAGUUGGCUUACCUCAGACCAUCAGUGGUGACAGUGGGGGAGUGUCAGCAGUUUCAGAUGGCAGUAGCAGCAGCCUUGCAGCCUCUGCUUCUCUUUUCCCGUUGAAGGUGCUACCGCUGACGACACCCUUGGUGGAUGGCGAGGACGAGAGUGCUUCUCUCCUACCAGAGGUGCAAGGAGUGAUCCUAGAACCACAGAUACAGCCAAGACCACGGAGAGCUUUUGACGUCAGGGGUCCACUUUCUCCACUGAACCUUUGGAGGCAGAAUAUCCAGCUUCUGGAGAGAGUUGGGAAAGGAUUUCUUUCAACUGGUAAACAUCCUCCUUCAGCCAAAGGAACUCCUCUAGCAGAGCCUUCAUGGAUGAUAUCUGUCACACAUGCAGCAACUGCAGUUUGGAAGGCAGUGGUGAACGGAGCCACGCACUAUGUCUAGAAGACACAAGGAUGAGAGAGCCACCUGACCUUGUCAUUGACAAACUUUAAGAAUUCUCUCUGGUGUACUCUUGAUCUGGAAAUGGAAAGGCUCAGAUAAUGACGUAAUUUUCUCAGAUUGGAACUUUACAUGACCAUGAAACUAUUCCUUUCUAUUCAGAAGACUGAACUAGAGGAAGCAUGAGAGACUCCUUUCUUUAAAAAAGCAGCUCUCUAUCUGUUUCACUUAAAAGAUUUGUGGGAUUGAAAAUCACCUUAAGGAAGCAGGCAGACUUUCUGGUAGUCUCGGAGACCCAGAAAACUUAAUGAAACUUGUCUUUUGUUGCCCAACACUGAAAAGAACUAGGAAGUAAAGGGUGAAAAUCUUAAUUAUUCCUAAAUUACUUUUAAUAUUAGGAUGUACUUUUUCGGUUUAUUUUUUCCUAGUCUUGAGCCUUAUUCUUGUCGAAUCAGCAGAUUCCAGUAUAGAAGUAGAGGCACCUUCUAAGUUAAGUCUUUUAAAGUAAAUACCUGUUAAACUUGAGGUAUUGUUCUGCAUUUGCAGGCAUUCUAAAGUUGAAUGAUCCUGAAACAGAGAGUUAUUUUAUAGAGCAAAGGCAAGUAGUAGUAGUAGAAUAAGCCUCUGUGUGUGAAUUAAGUGUUGCAAGAAAGUUAUCCAAACUAUGGAUUUGAUAAAUUGAUGGAAGUAGCUAUCAAAAUGUUUUAUUUCUCUUUUUAGUAUCUAUUAAACUAGUCAGUUGAAAGCUACUAAAGAAGUUUUUUAAAGUUAUGCCAUGCUGCCAGUUUGUCUUAUUUGGUUUACAUUUUAAGAAUAGAAAUUCUAGAGAUAACACUGUGGAAGCAUCUAAAUGUUUUAGGAAUCUUAAGAGGUUUUAGAAACCACACUUGCUAGGUUAUAACCUGGCCUUUAGUCUUUGUUGGCUAUGUGUGGGACCCGUUUUCCCCUCAUUAAUUAUACAUAAACUUUUGUAUGUAUGGUACUUAAAAGUAAGUUUAGAAGAUCAAUUUGAGCUAAAAUUUCCCGGGAGAGCUCUGAAUUCCCAUAAACAAUUACAACUUUUUACUCUUGAUUUGCUUUUGUUAAAAGUUAAUAAGAUAGUUUUUACAAACACAUAUAAAUUAAAAAAUAACUACUCAACAUUUUAGAAGGAACUCAGGGAACUGAAGGCCAGUUUAUGGCCUUUUGUUUCAGUUUUGAAGAGAAAUGAUUUAGUCUCUUAAUCCCAUUCAUCUCAUGCUUUGAUUAAAUUUUAGCUUUGUUCCUUAAAGUGUGCAAAAGAAAUGUAAGUGCAUUUCUAUUCAUCUCAUGCCACUGAAAGCUAUUUAAAAGUGAAACUUCAUGUAUAUUAAUGUGAACUGAUUUGUUUAAACUUUUAUUUUGAUUUUCUUUCAAAUUUUAAAAUAUUUCAUGUCACAAUAUGCAAUCCUAUAUUUUUCAGUGUUUAUUUUAUGAAUAUUAAUAUAAGGUAACUUUUUUCUAGAAUGACUAAUUGUGUAACAUUUGUAUUAUGUGAUCAUUUGAAAAACUAAUAAAUAUUUUCUCCAUGAAAAAAAUGCACUUACUG